AUGGAGGAUGGAGACAAUAAACAGGAAGAAGAGGACAAAGAGAGAGAGCCAGGAGGAGUAGUUAGAAGAAGAGAGGAGACGAAAGAGAAGAGGAAAGAGAAGGCAGAUGGCGGGAGUGGAGCAGUGGAGAGUGGAGAGCGUGGAGAGUGGAUUGAGAGGCGUAGUGAGAAGAAGAGGGAAGAAAGCGUAGCCAGCGAGGAAGAUGGAAAAAUUGGGAAGAGAAAUGAGGAGAUUGAGGGUGGAGAUGACGAGAGGGCUGAAGGAGGGGAGAGCGACGAGGGAGAAGAGGAACAGACAGGAAGACCAAGGGGAGGCAGAGUAAGGGAAGUGGUACGACCAGGUGAAGACAAGGGAGAAGAGAAGAGGACGGAUAGCGAGGGUGAGAAGAGGGGAGAACAGGGAGAGGAAGAGAAGAGAAGGGGGAAGGAGGAAGCGAGAGAAGCGGAGAAGAAGAGAGACGAGAAGAAGAGGAGAGAAAAGGAAGGAAAGAGAUAA